UCAAAUCCUUCAUUUUUCACAGCUAAUCUUUGCAUAUAAAUUAUAACCAAAGUAUUCAUUCGAAUUAAUCAAAUCAACCAAUCCUUGCAAUACUGACAACCGGGGCAAAAGAACAUGGACAAAUUCUUCUUGGUUUCCUUACUCGGUUUGCUCAUAGCAGCUCAUGGAGUUGCAGGAAGCAUGAUGUGUGACAACAUUGGCAUGCUUGAAGAACUUAAAAGCCUUGAGGCCCUGGACAUAGAAGAAGAAAAUGAGGUUGGACUUUCUGACAUCCCUUCAUGGAGAAGUGAGCAUGGUGGAAAAGUUCUGGUGAAUAUUGAUAGCUUUGGUGCUGCUGGAGAUGGAGAAUCUGAUGAUACUGAGGCUUUACAAAAAGCAUGGGGAGUUGCAUGCUCUACACCAAAAUCUGUUUUGUUAAUUCCUCAAGGACGCCGUUACCUAGUUAAUGCAACAAAAUUCAGAGGGCCUUGUGAAGACAAGCUCAUCAUCCAGAUUGAUGGUACUUUGGUUGCACCAGAUGAGCCUAAGAACUGGGAUCCAAAACUACCACGGGUUUGGCUUGAUUUUUCCAAAUUGAACAAAACUAUUUUCCAAGGUUCUGGAGUUAUUGAUGGCUCAGGAAGCAAAUGGUGGGCGGCAUCUUGCAAAAAGAACAAGUCCAAUCCUUGCAAAGGUGCACCAACAGCAUUUACAAUUGAUACAAGUUCAUCCAUAAGGGUGAAAGGACUAACAAUCCAGAAUAGCCAACAGAUGCAUUUUACUAUAUCACGAUGUGAUUCUGUUAGAAUUACUGGCGUGAAAGUGUCAGCACCUGGAGACAGCCCAAACACUGAUGGAAUUCAUAUUAGUGAAUCAACAAAUGUCAUAAUCCAAGACAGCAAAAUUGGAACAGGGGAUGAUUGCAUAUCAAUUGUCAAUGCUAGCUCUAAUAUCAAAAUGAAGAGAAUUUAUUGUGGACCAGGACAUGGAAUCAGCAUUGGAAGUCUAGGGAAAGACAACUCAACAGGCAUAGUCACGAAAGUGAUUUUGGAUACAGCAGUUCUUAGGGAGACUACCAACGGUCUCAGAAUUAAGACUUGGCAGGGAGGUUCUGGAUAUGUUCGAGGGGUGCGUUUUCAGAAUGUGAGGGUGGAAAAUGUAUCCAACCCCAUUAUUAUAGACCAAUUUUACUGUGAUUCACCAACCAAUUGUGAAAAUCAGGCAUCAGCAGUGGAGAUAAGCGAGGUGAUGUACCAGAACAUAAGUGGCACUACAAUGAGUGCUAAGGCCAUUAAAUUUGACUGCAGUGACUCAGUCCCAUGCAGCAAACUAGUCCUUAGCAACGUUGACUUAGAGAAACAAGAUGGCUCUGUUGAAACAUAUUGCCACUCAGCACAAGGCUUUCCCUAUGGUGUGGUUCACCCUUCUGCUGAUUGCCUUAGUUCAAGUGACAAAACAUCUCAAAUUGAAGAGUCAACUAUAGAGGAAGAAGAUAUUCGUCACACUGAACUAUAAGUUUGAUUUCUAAAGAUGAAUUAUACUAUUUAUAACCCUUUUAUUAAUAUGAUUUUAUAUCAAAUGGGGUAAGAGUAAGAUGCUUGUUUUAUGUCACACUUAAUCAGUAGUAGUAGUCAUAUGUUGUUGGAGGAGGCUUGAGAUGAGUCAGAGACAAAUCAAGGGAAGUAUUGGUUAUUAAAUAAUUAGACAUUACAACAAAAUUGAUACGAGAGAAUUGGCAAUUCUAGCAUAUUCCAUCAGCAUCGAUGAAACAAAAGUGACAUCGAUUUUAUAAUAUUGAUUGAGAUUUUAUUUUAA